CCGAUGCGCGGGAAAUAUUUGACUCGGCGCCAUUUCGAGGCGAUCUUUUUGACGUUUGUUAAAUAAAAACAAUGUUUUGAUUACGGGUAUAUAUUGUGCACUUAUGUGAAUAAAAAUGAAUAUUUUCGCAAGUUGUUAAUGUUUUCUGAACAUAUAAGGUAAAGGUUGGUGUACAUUACUAAAGUGUAUUCAAAAGUGAUUUUUCAGUGAAAGUGCAAACUUUAUUUUAAAAAUGAAGCCUUCGCAGAAUUUCUUUUGUGGAUUAUUAUUCUUAUUGGCUGUAUCAAUAGAAAUUGUGCAGCCACUAUGUGUGCUGGAAUCGGAUUUCGGAUUCAAAAUAAACUGUGCCUUCAAAAAGUCAGGACUAUUCAGGGUACGAAAUCUUGGAGGCAUCAAAGCGCACGCUAGCUUAGGUUUCAGCCUGGGAGAUGAGCUCGGAUUUGAGCAGUCAUUAACUAAUCAAGACCCAAGUAGACGAAGAUCGGUUAGCUUUAAAAAUGGAGCGCCUAACAUUCUGGUCGAUACAUCAAGUAGACCGGCGCCUAAACAGGAAAAACGAGCAAAACAGAAUCGAAUAAUGAUGAGGCCAAUGGCUCCUGUAAGCAGACCUAAUCAAUCCGCUAUGGACAAACUUUCAACGUUACACAGACGUGUUUCCUCUACAAUGCAGCCGAUCGUGAUUUCUGGUCCCACUGCAGAAACUCCCAUGUAUAAAGCACAGCCCACUGUGACGAUGGCGAAACCGAUGCCAAUGGGCGUACCACCAUUUAGACCUUUGCCACCAAAAGAGGAAACUUUGAGAGUUGUGCCAUUAGCAGCAUCAAUGAAGAAAACUUACAGUCCCCUUCAAGCGCCGCCAGCUUCCGGAUCACCUUAUCAAAGUGAGACGCGCUUUAUAUCACCCGAUAACAUGUCAAAAAUGGUUUCACACAUGACCGCAGUACAAUACCAGCCAAUACGACAAACACCAUCACAGAUGAAACCACAACCAACAUUAAACCCAUUCGUUCCCAUGCCAUCACAAGCCAUAUCUAUCAUACCUGCACCAGUUCUCAAACAAUCAUCGAAUGCUAUGCCUUAUUCAUAUAACGCUGUUUCUUUUCCUAAAACCAGUCCUGUUUCUAACUUUGUAGACCCAGUUCCUCAUCAAGUACACGAUAUCGCGAAUAUGUACUCCUACAAUACGAAGAAAGUCGACGACUACAAUAGUAUUAGUGGUUACAGCGAUGACAUUACUCUUAAGUUUAAUAAGGACGAUAUAAAUUCGAAAAUAGCUGAAAUAGCUAAAGCCGGUAACAUAUCGAUGGAGGCUGUAGAAGCGGCUAUAGCGCUGCGGCAACAGCAAAUUUUGAGCAAAUACGCAAACAUUCCGGUGCCAACAACAACGAGUACAACAACGACAACGACAACAGAAGCCGUGGUCUUCCAGCUCGAGCCUGAACCGGAAAUUAUAGUGGCUCCAGUGCCGAACAAACCAAAGAGAAACCCAACAUCUGGUAAAGUGAUGAACGCCCCGCGCGAGUACUACCCCGUCGGUUACGAAAAGAACUUCGACGAUCAUUUCCAAUCUAAAGUCGACCUUCCAGACACGAACUUCCAUUGUGGCGACCAGAAAUAUUUCCCUGGACUCUACGGAGAUGAGAACCUUGGUUGUAUGGUAUUCCACGUCUGUGCCCUAACAGACGACGGUCUUGUCAUGAAAUCUUUCCUCUGUCCUGAAUCUACUCUCUUCGAUCAAACUAUCCUCAAGUGUAACUGGUGGUUCUACGUGGACUGCAAGAACACCAUGAAGUUGUACGACACCAACAUUCCUGUGUCGAAGAGCUAUCAGCUGAUGAAGGCUUUAACUUUCUUCUCCUCUUAUAAGAAAGAAAUGGAAGAUGGCCAACCAAUGAACCCAGAAGACGUAGAAGGUAUCAAAAGUGCUAUAACAAUACUAGAAAAUCAAGACUCGAAGCCAGAAGGAAGCGAGAACGUUGAAAUCAUUACGCCAUCUCCCAAUACGCUACCCAUUAUAGACGAAAGGCACUCGUACAAUAAAAACAAUGUAACAUCACCAGUAUACAGGGGGACUAGAGAUUACACAAAUUCUACUGAAAAAAGAAACCAGAGGCGCAACCCUGUGCAGACCCAAGACAAUGGAGAUGAAUACAAACUGAUCACCCUUAAUGCCAAUAUUAAUUUUAAUAACACCAAAAACUCUGAAAAUAAGUCUUCAGAAAAUUCAUCCGAGAGAAAGAGACGAAGAAUGGUAUCGAGGAAUAACUACACGCCUACGACUAAGUCAACAACUAUUCCUGUUACUACUACAACUGCUACUACCACUACCACCACUACUUCUACUACUACUACUACACAAGCUCCCGUUGAAGUGACGACGCCAUCUGUAGAAAUAAUAAAACAAGAAAUACAUCCCAUAGAAGAUAUAACACCAAACACUGAACAACAAGUAAAGCUAACAGAUCAAAUUGAAAACUUAGGAGAAAUAGAUUACACUAUUCUAAGAGAAGCCGAACACUCUCCGCCAGUACGUCGAUUUUAUAGAUCAAGUCAUGAAAGAGAUGACACGAUAAAUAAAAAAGAGAUAGAGAUAGUUAAUAACAAAAGAGUACAGAUCAUAAGACCAACAUCCUCAGCUCAACUCGUAGGGGAAUACCCGACACAGACAGCGACUAUCGCUAAAUUAGAUGAAGCAGUUUUAGGUAGAAAAAUCAGCGGAAGAUUCAAGAAGGAAGCGAUAACAAUAGUCGUACCGACGAACUACGCCAUCCAUCGAAGUCCGACGAGAGAUCGAACAUAGCCCAAAACGAAUUUUAGUCAAUAACUUAAUUUUUAGUGUCAUAUAGAUACAUUGUUAAUUUAUUUAUUUCCUCGUCAGAUACGUAAGCGUCGACGAUCGUACUGUGAAUUACGUAUUUGCUCAAUUUUCACGAUAGUCUAGAUGAAUCAGUCAAGUGAUAUUACGGUGUAUGUUUUUAGUUGUUUAGAAUAAAAACUGUUUCCUUA